CAGCAGGGAGUCAUUCUAUCAUAGUUCCUUCGGUUCUUUACCACUGUUCAAAACGCGGAUGUUAUGCAUAGGAAACUCGACUUUUCUAAGUAGUGUUAUUAGUUGGUGUCCGGUGGGGAAUGCAUUUAUUCCCAUGAUUACGCUUAGUGGUUUUAAAAAGAUAAUUAUAGUAUAAUGAUGCUAUCAAUCGUAAUUAAUCUAUUGAUGUUUACCGCUUCAACGUUGGUUGCUCAAGUGCCCGGCCCUUGCCCCGCUUCUCUUACUACCGCCAGUGGAUCCGCUGUUCAGAAGACUGAUCGUAUUUGUGCGGGAGAAUUAAUUUUUGAGGACAAUUUCGAUAAACUCAAUUUCAAACACUGGCAACAUGAAAGUACCUUAGCAGGAGGUGGAAACUGGGAGUUCCAGUGGUAUACCAACAACCGUUCCAACUCGUACACUGAAGAUGGUAUCCUCCACAUCAAGCCAACUCUCACAUCUGAAAUAUACGGAGAGGCUUUCCUUUCAUCCGGAACUUUGAGCAUUCAAGGUGAUUGUACGAAUGCUGCAUUUUGGGGAUGUGAACGUACUGGAACCCCAACGAACAUUAUCAAUCCUAUUCGAAGCGCUCGACUCCGUACAUUGAAAUCAUUCAGCUUCAAAUAUGGAAGUGUUGAAGUUAGAGCUAAACUACCAGCGGGCGAUUGGUUAUGGCCAGCUAUCUGGAUGCUUCCCACAGACAACGCAUAUGGCUCGUGGCCAUCAAGUGGGGAAAUCGAUAUUAUAGAAUCUCGAGGCAAUCGAAAUUUAGUUGAAAAUGGUGAAAAUAUUGGAACGGAGAGGGUAGCAUCAACCUUGCAUUUUGGGCCGGCACCACAAUUUGAUUCCUUCGAAAACACCAGUUUCAUAACAAAUACAGCAACUGGUCAAGGAUACAAUUUAGAUUUCCAUCGGUACCAAUUUGAAUGGUCCCCUGAUCGUAUCACAUUCAAAAUAGAUGAUGUGGAGACUGGAUCUGUAGAUGUUGGGAGCGGUUUCUGGGAUCGUGGCGAAUUCGAUACUAACUACCCUGGUCUUGCCAAUCCAUGGAAAGCGGGAGAAAAAUCAGCGCCCUUUGAUCAAGAGUUUCAUCUUAUCAUUAAUUUGGCUGUCGGUGGCGUUACCUUUUUCCCUGAUGACGCUUCCAAUCCAGAUAGGAAACCAUGGCUUAAUACUUCACCAAAGGCGGCAACUGAGUUCUGGAACGCCCGCGAUGCAUGGUUAAAAAGCUGGAACUAUUAUGAAGAAGGAAAUGCUGACUCACAUUUUCAAAUCGAUUAUAUUCGAGUUUAUGCUCUGUAAAUUUAUUCUGAUAUUUUGAAAUAAAAUGAUAUUACUAGUGAUUUUUAGAUAGAAUAACAAA